AGCAGUCUGGGGACAGCUUUAUUGUAAGUGACUUCGGAAAAGGCGCGACAGCUCAAAGUUCAGAAACAUCCGCUCCAAUCAAAACCACCGCUAAAAAAAAACGGCCAAUCAGCGCUGCAGAUAUUUGCAGACGUCAAUAAGUACUUUGUAAUUACCUCUAAACGAUUGUUGAGAUUGUAAAAUAGCACAGUGGGGUGCAGAUAACACUAACCAACGCAACGCUAUUGUUUCUGUGUUGACAUGUUGGCAUGGAUAUCCCAUCGAGCGCUAGCACUACAGAGAUUCGAUCUGCGACAGAGAUUUGUGGCAGUUGUCGUCGAUGAAGCACAUACUGUCGUUCAGUGGGGUGGAGUGAGCUUUGACUGUACUGAUGGUCAUGACGACGACCCUUUUCGUGUUUGGUGUGGUCUCGUAGGUGAGUUGAGAUCGUUGUUGGACGUUCCAUGUCUGGCCUUGACGGCAACAGCUUCCACUGCUACAAGAAGUAUCCUAAAUCAAGCUUUGGGUCUACGCAAUGCAGUUCAAAUCGUCAAGAGUCCAGAUAGGCCUAACAUCUUCCUGUGCGUCAAGAAAGUGCAUCCAGGUCCAGAAACGACUUUCUGUUGGCUUCUCCAAAGAUUGAAUACUUUGGGAAUUAAUUGUCCUAGAGUUCUUGUGUACUGCAAAACUCAAAAUGCUUGUGCCUUUUUAUACACCCACUUUCAGCGUUCUCUAGGAGGAAAGGCAUUCUUUCCUGAAGGUGAGAACAGAAUGGAAAACCGUCUGGUAGAGAUGUUUCAUUCCAGCACACCUGAGGCCAACAAAGAACUCAUAUUGGAAUCACUUUCAGACACCAAUGGAAAGUGCAGAAUAGUGUUUGUUACCAAUGCCUUGGGAAUGGGUAUUGAUGUCAAGGGACUGUACACAGUUCUCCACAAUGGUCCCUCCAACUGUUUAGAAGCCUACAUGCAAGAGAUAGGGCGAUGUGGUCGAGAUGGGACUCAGAGUUUGGCUCUUUUAUAUUACCAUGGGCAACAACUGGCUCACGUUGAUUCCAGUAUGUACCAGUAUCUGAUGAAUUCAAACAUUUGUCGGCGACAUCUCUUGUUGUCUUCUUUUGGAGCAGCUUCUCCUUCUGUAUGCAUUCAACAUAACUGUUGUGAUAUCUGUGCAGAGACGUGUACAUGUGAUGAGAAUAGCUGUUCAGGUAUGUUAGAGUGUUUGGGUGUUGAUCAAGAGGAGGGAGUAACUGAAAGUCCUGUUCAGUCUAUCACACUGAUGCAGCAAAUGCUGCUUAGGGAAGCACUUAAUGAAUGUCAAUUGAGAGAGGAAAUGCGUUUAGCGUCGUUGGACCAACAGCCUUACUAUACAUGUCCUGUUGAUAUAAAUCGUCUUAGCCAGGAAGCAGUUGAAUGCAUUAUAGGACACUUGGGUACAUUGCACAGAGUGACUGAUGUCAUAGACUUGUUGCCAGAGCUAAGUGAAGCUAAGGCAAAAGAUAUUUUUGAUAUUAUUGAUUUGGUAUUAAAUUAUAAAGUGUAAAAUAGUGCAGGCUAUAUCUCGUCAAAGGUACUAUUGUAAAUGUAUAAUAAUUGUAUUGUCUAUUAAUUAAAUGAAUUCAACGGCUACUGUAAUGAGCAUAUACACUAAAUUGAGGUACAGUAUCUACUACAUAAAUUAUAAAUUUUUGCUUUAUUGUAUAUU